ACAACAACUACUACUACUACAUUUCUUUUAUCUCUCUCUUCUUUCUCUCUGAAUCUGAAUUAUUCUUGCUUUUCAAUUCAUUCAGCUUCAGACACCAUUUCUCAUCACAUAUCUAACCAAACCCACUUCCUACCCUUCUGCUUCUGCUUUCACUUCAGAAUCAUCUUCUUCUUCCUUCUGCUGAGUUGCAGUAGCAGAAGCCAUCUUUCAAGUAAAACUCAAGUCCUCAGUUGCUUCUUCUCUCCCUCACAAAGGAAUUCCAUUUCAGCUCCACAAGCUUCUUUCUCAGCUGCCCAUCAAAAAAUGGCAAAGCGGGGUUACAAAAUUCAGGAAUUUGUGGCUCAUUCAAGUGGUAUCAAUUGUUUGAACAUUGGAAAGAAGGCUUGUCGCCUUUUCGUUACAGGUGGGGAUGAUCACAAGGUUAAUCUGUGGACGAUUGGCAAACCGACUUGUGUAACGAGCUUGUCUGGUCAUUCUAGUCCAGUUGAAUCUGUCGCUUUUGACUCUGGAGAAGUGUUAGUUCUUGCUGGAGCAUCAUCAGGUGUGAUUAAGCUUUGGGAUUUGGAAGAAGGAAAGAUGGUUCGCACUGUUGCUGGACACAGGUCCAAUUGCAAUGCUGUUGAAUUUCAUCCGUUUGGUGAGUUUUUCGCAUCUGGCUCCAUGGACACUAAUCUAAAGAUUUGGGACAUUCGAAAAAAAGGAUGUAUUCAUACAUACAAGGGUCACAGCCAGGGCAUCAGUACUAUCAAAUUCACUCCAGAUGGUCGUUGGGUAGUUUCUGGUGGAUUUGAUAAUGUCGUGAAGGUGUGGGAUCUUACUGCUGGAAAGCUCUUGCAUGACUUCAAGUUCCAUGAAGGACACAUUAGCUCCUUAGAUUUUCAUCCGCUUGAGUUUCUUCUGGCUACAGGUUCAGCAGAUAGAACAGUGAAAUUCUGGGAUUUAGAAUCCUUUGAACUGAUUGGAUCGGCAAGACGUGAGGCUACUGGGGUGCGCUCAAUAGCUUUUCAUCCUGAUGGGAGGACCCUAUUUACCGGACAUGAGGAUGGUUUGAAGGUAUACUCAUGGGAACCUGUUAUAUGUCAUGAUGCUGUUGAUAUGGGAUGGACAACACUUGGUGAUCUUUGUAUCCAUGAUGGGAAACUUCUAGGGUGCUCAUUCUACAGAAAUUCUGUUGGAGUUUGGGUUGCAGAUAUUUCGCUUAUUGAGCCAUAUGGGGAUGGCUUUGAUCCCAAGAACAAGGGAGACACAGAACAGAUACUCAGUAAGGGAAGCAAACUGGAGAAAGUAGAGGCUGAUGUUGGCCCAACUUCUGGGCUUCGCAGCAUGUCUCCUGAUGAGUCAAAAGAGAUAAAGAAUAUAUACAUCGACUCUUCUGGAGGGAAACCUGUUGCCUUCCAGAGGUCAGGGUCUUUGAAUUCUUUAAGAGUAGAUCUUCCAGAGGAAUCCAAGAAAAUUUGUAACUUGGGAACAGUGAAGCAGAGCUCUGCCGCAGGAGUUCAUGUAAAAUCAAAUGAACAAACGAUUAGAAAAUCUUUCAUUGUAUCUAACAUUGUACCCCGGGAAAUUCCUGAUGACAAGGACCCAAAAUCUGAGAAAGAGACCAUCACCUUUGCAAAGACAAAACCUGGGAUGUUACUUAGGCCAGCUCAUGUACGGAGAGCAUCCACUGGCAGAUUUGAUGUUGAUAGAUUUUCAGAUGAUGUGAAUUCUGAAAAUUUUUGUGAUACUGCAAGUAAAUUGGACAGUGCAAAAGAUUCUAAGUUCCAAAUUAAUCUAGGAUCUCAGAACGAAGUCAAAGAAUGCUGUGAAGAUAAACAUCCUAUCAAGAGUAUUACUGACAAGCUUGACAAGACUUUAUCCCCAUACAAAUUUUCUACCAAAGAAAAACGGGAUGGAUCCUCUUCUUGCAAUGAAGAAAUUAGUCCAGUUAAAUAUGUUAAUGGAGUUGCUGUUGUACGAGGAAGGACCCGUUCUCUGGUUGAGAGGUUUGAAAGAAAGGAAAAAAUACAAAUUAGUGAAGAUCCAACUAAUUCAUCCCUCCCCUCAAUAAAUGAAGCGAGAGAAGUAAUUCUCAAUGAAGAUCAAAUUAAUGCAUCCCCCACUGUGGUAUUUGAGAAGAGGGAGAGGAGGGAAAGAAUUCAAACCAGUGAAGAUCAAUCUAAGGCGUCCCUCCCCACAAGAAAUGAUGCGAGAGAAAGAAUUCAUGAUGAAGUUCUAAUUAAUGCAUCCUCCACUGUGGUAUUUGAGAAGAGGGAAAGAAUUCCCCGCAAUGAAGAUCGAAACAACAUUCCGCCUAUUCCUAACACAAUGUCUGAAACCGGUAAAUCUCCAUCCUCCACUGUGGUAUUUGAGAAGAGGGAAAGAAUUCCCCGCAAUGAAGAUCGAAACAACAUUCCGCCUAUUCCUAACACAAUGUCUGAAACCGGUAAAUCUCCAUCCUCCACUGCGGUAUUUGAGAAGAGGGAAAGAAUUCCUCGCAAUGAAGAUCGAAACAACAUUCCGCCUAUUCCUAACACAAUGUCUGAAACCGGUAAAUCUCCAUCCUCCACUGUGGUAUUUGAGAAGAGGGAAAGAAUGCCCCGCAAUGAAGAUCGAAAAAACAUUCCGCCUAUUCCUAACACAAUGUCUGAAACUGGUAAAUCUCCAUCCUCCACUGUGGUAUUCGAGAAGAGGGAAAGAAUUCCCCGCAAUGAAGAUCGAAACAACAUUCCGCCUAUUCCUAACACAAUGUCUGAAACCGGUAAAUCUGCAUCCUCCACUGUGGUGUUUGAGAAGAGGGAAAGAAUUCCCCGCAAUGAAGAUAGAAACAACAUUCUGCCGAUUCCUAACACAAUGUCUGAAACCGAUAAAUCUCCGAGUAUACCGUAGCAAGUAAAUACUUGUCAAACAAUUUUGUGAAAGUAAGACAACCACUCACCUCAUGGGCCAGGCCCAUUAGGUUGGGAGAAGAACCCAAUCCGUAUGGUUUCCAUUUUGCCCAUGCACUUGCCUUCAGACUUCUAGAGACUUCUGCUACCUUCUCUCCCAUUCUCGUUGCCGGUGUGGCUUGAUUCUCCGACCCCGACGCCGCCGUCGGUGGGGUGAGGGCUGCCGGACCAACACCACUGUCCAUGGAUUCCGGUGGCUUAGGUGGUGGCCGCCGCUUAGCCACCUCGUCUUUGGCAUCUUUCAUCCACGCUGUAGUAGCUCUGAACUUCCCGCCGGCUCCGCCUCGAACGUAACAAUGAUCGCCAUGGUACGGAGGUUUUGGAGGUGGUCGCUCAAUCACCAGCGCUCUUGUUUGCACCUUCGGAGUUGCUUGGUCCACCGUCUCCUCCGCCGCCGUCGGCAAAGUUUGCGCCGCCGUAGCAGCACCACAUUCUGUUUGCUCUGGCAGCGUCAGUUCUAUCUUCCCUUCUGGAUUCGUCUUCCCCAUCGUUACCUGUGUUGUUAAAACUGUUGUCACUCUUCUUGAUUCCUCAAGAGCGUCACCGAUUUGAAGUUGUGCAACCAUCGGCUUCUCUUCCGUCGCAGUUUCGUCGUCAUCCUUCGGAACGACUUCAUGCUGAUCACCCCAGUAGCCAUUGGAAUGGAUCCAAUCUUCACACCAAUUUCUUCUGAUUUCUCGGUUUUCUUCCUUGGCUUUUCUGGCGUCAUCCUUCUGAAUUUCUUCUUGUCCAGGAAUUUCUUCCUCCUCUGAAUCUGCAACUGGGUCUGGCAGAUACAGUUCCGAUUCUGGUUCGAAUUCUCUCAACAAUGCUAUCACAAAAUCCCACCAUUUUGCCCUCUGAUUUCGUUUUUUCCAGGAAUACCACCAAAAGAGCGCAUCACGCGCCAAUGCCUUCUCCGCCUCUGAGAAUUUCUUCUCUUCUGAUAUUCCCUUCGCCUCACAGUACUGCUCCACGGUGAUGAUCCAUCCAUAAGCCACACUUCCAUUAAAUUCUGGAAACAUCUUCACGAAUCAAUGGCUACCACAGCACCUAGAUCGGUGCUCUGAUACCAAUGUUAGGAACCCAGAAAAAUGGAAGGAAUAGACUGAAAUUAACUUGUAUUAUUUACUGAGAUUCUGGUGAAAUCAC